UCGAUAAAUCAGGCCCAUCGGGCCAUAAUGACUUCUCCUAAGUCCUAACACGUAAGAUGAUGGACGAUGAGGAUUGCAUCACUCGAACGGCGGAGAUCGAUCAGUGACUGGCUGACGAAAAUGGCGAUCAUCUGAUAACCACCGUAACCGAAAGAAGGUUCUGGAAGGAACCAUGGUGCUCUGGGAGAUAACUCUGGGAACAGCCUACUUUUUAGGGCUUAGGCGGACUUAUAGGCUCGCCUUGAAGAUCCAGCGUCGGAUUGUUAGCCCCAAGCAUCCGAAAAUCCGACAAUUUCUGCAUCGGAGGACUCGUAAAAUCUUCGAUGUGGCAGUGACCGUUCACAAGAACAUACAGCAUAGAGACAUAGAAGUCGGUCGGAAUCUCGGAAACUGGAUUCUCCGUUGGCUCGACCGGAUGAAACCAGCAGCUCAGAUCCGUACUCGACCGGAGCUACCACGCAACAGCAACUCCAACACUGACAAGGCCAAAAGGCUAUCGGAGUUGCCCCGUCCCAAAUCGCAGACAAACACGACGACGCAGUCUCCGCCAAACCGUGAUUCCGAUAGGCACUUGUUCUCGUCACUGGGACACUUGCGUAACAACCCUUUCCCGUCUGUCUCUACGAUGAUCCAACCGCCGAGACCCAAUGGAACUACUACUCAGUACAGACAUUACACUGCUGGUGCAGCCUCCGGUCUGAUUCACCCGAGCUAUGUAAUCAGGAAGGAUAUUUUGCAGUGGAUGGUACAGAGAUGA